AUGAUCCAAUUGGACAUUGAGUUCUACCUGGAUUCUAUCCCUUGGGAAUUUAUCUAUCUAUCUAUCUAUCUAUCUAUCUAUCUAUCUAUCUAUCAAAAGUUGAAAGAAGAACGCGAAGCCAAGAGACAGCAGUUAGAUGAUCGACAUCUGUAUAUUCUACAAACAGUGGCCGAUUGUCUGCGACUGGAGAGAACCGAAGUUGAAGAUGCCAUUUUGGAAGGGGUUCAGAUUGAAACAAUUCACAGAUUCCUGGGAGUUUCUGGUUCUCGGCAGAUUAUGUUUUAUUAUCAAGAACCCGAUAUAGAUAAAGAUUCGGUGGAUCACCUUCGUGUCGGUCAGUCUACACCGAGGAUCUCUCGGGCACUGAAGGCCAAAAUAUUUGUUUCAGACGGCAAAGAAGUGCCUCUUCGAGGAGUCUGCCUGCUCUUCAUUAAAUCAGAGACGUCCCUCGCUAUUACUGAUGCCAAUAUAGUUAAGGAAGUCAAUUACACACUGCUCGACGCCAGUCGUCAAGAAAGAGAAGGUGGAGGUCUGCUCAGUGGCCUCGAGGUGAUCCUUUCGCAAGUGUUCAUUCCUGCAGUUAGGAAGCUCAAAUAUGGAUGGGGGUACUUGGACGUCGUGCAGCAAGAUCAGCCGGUGCGUAGCAACUUCCUCAAUUCUAUGGAGGCUUUCGUGUCCAUUCUCUCUGGUGCCCAGGACAGUCUGGGGGAUAAAGUGACUCUGCAGCACUAUGAACCUCUGAAUGUUUCUCGUGCCUUCACAGCUGCUGAAUUCAUGGCCAUUGCGAACAGCUCUGAAGCGAUGGAAGGUGUCGAAAACAUUAUCAAAAUAUGGAUUAAUCAAGUAGAACAAGUUUUGGCUGAGAGUGGGCAAAUGAGACGCGAAGCUGAUGACAUUGGGCCCAGGGCAGAGCUAGAACAUUGGAAAAGACGGAUGUCCAAGUUUAAUUAUCUUCUUGACCAAAUCAAGGGCCACGAGGUCAGGGCAGUGCUUGGCAUUCUUCAAGCAGCUAAAUCUAAACUGCUCAAGACUUGGCAAGAACUUGAUCGGCGUAUUACCGACACUGCGAAUGAAGCGAGAGACAACGUGAAGUUCUUGUACACCCUGGAGAAGUUCUGUGACCCACUCUACAACAGCAAUCCAGUUGGAAUGCUUCCGGGGAUACCUGGGUUAAUAAAUGGUAUCCGAAUGAUACACAGUAUCUCUCGUUAUUACAACACAUCCGAGAGAAUGACGUCUUUGUUCGUCAAGAUAACCAAUCAAAUGAUCACGGCGUGCAAGUCCUACAUCACAUGCAAUGGUACAGAGACAGUAUGGAGUCAGCCGACCGACCGUGUGAUUGCUAAAGUCCAUGACUGCAUACAUCUGAACAACACCUACCAGCGCAGCUUCCAGCAGACAAAGGAGAAGCUGGAAACGAUGCCGAACGAGCGGCAGUUCGACUUCUCCGGGAUGUACAUUUUUGGCAAAUUCGAUACCUUCAUCAGAAGGCUGAAGAAGAUCAUAGAGAUGUUCGAAACAAUAGAAAUGUACUCUCAUCUUUCUGAGUCAAAGAUCGAAGGUUUGGAGGGCAUGGUGGUGACCUUUCAAAUGAUCGUUUCGACAAUGAAGAACAAAGCGUACGACUUUUUAGAUCAGAGAAAAACGGAAUUUGAUCAAGAUUUUGAAGAGUUCAAACGAAAAAGACAUGAACUUCACGUAUCAAUUGUCCGUUUCAUGGGACAAAAGUUCGAUCGCAUCGCCAAUACAAAGAGAGCCUUGAAUAUUCUGCAUAAAUUUGAAUGCCUUCAUUUGUCCAAUUUGGAUACAGCCGAACAGUACCAGAGGAUCUUGACACACUACGCCAAGGAUAUCGAAAUUGUAUCUCGUCUCUACCAGAAGCACAAAAAUGACCCACCAGUGGCGAGAGAUCAACCCCCCGUAGCAGGGAAGAUAUCUUGGGCUCGCCAGUUAUUUAGACGCAUCCAAGAACCAAUGGAAGCUUUCCAAAAACAUUGUAUUAUUUUGCAAUGUUCCGAUGCCAGGCGAAUCAUCAAGAAUUAUAAUAAAAUGGCAAAAAUUCUACUGGAAUUCGAGAUUCUAUAUCAUCGCUGUUGGCUGCGACAGGUGGAAGAAGUGAAGACAGGUUUGCAAACGUCGCUUCUAGUUCGGCAUCCGGAAACGAAUGAACUUUUUGUCAACUUUGAUGCUCAAGUGAUCGUAAUGAUUCGGGAAGUUGAAUGUAUGGCUCGCCUCGGUCUGGAAAUACCACCAUUCGCUUCCUCUCUCCGUGCCAGACAGGAAGAAUAUAAAAAUAUUUGCAACGCCCUGGAGGAUAAAAAUUCAAUGAACAUUGAUUCUAUUUUUGUUUUUUUUUUAAAUUUCUUUCUUAAUUUUCUUUCUUUUUCCUUCAUUUCUUUUUACCUUUCUUUCUUUCUAUUUACAUCAUUUCUUUCUCUUUACUUCAUUUUUUCGUUUGUCUUCAUUUCUUGCUUUUUCCUUCAUUUCUUUCUUUUUCAUUCAUUUUUUUCUUUCUUUUUACUUCAUUUAUUUCUUUUUAUUUCAUUUCUUUCUUUUCCUUUCUGUUCCUUACUUUAUUUCUUUCAUUCUCUUUUUUCUUCAUUUAUUUCUAUACUUAAUGUACUCUAUGUACUUAAUUUCUUUUUUUCUAUUGGCUUCAUUUCUGUUCUUUCUUCAUUAAUAUGGCCUGUUACUCUUUAUUUACAACUUGCCUUUCUUUUGCAUUCCAAUUUACCCCAUUCUUUCUUUAUUUAUAUUAUAUAUUUUCUUUCUCUCUUUCAUUUUGAUUUUUCUUUCUUUUUACAUCAUUUUUUCUUUCUUUCUUUCUUUCUUUCUUUCUUUCUUUCUUUCUUUUUGCUUCAUUUCUUUUUUUCAUUCUUUCUUCUAUUACAUUAUUCUUUGUUAUUCAACUGCUUUCUUUUUUUGUUCCUUUGUUCUUGA